ACUGUACAUGACUGUGUAGUAGUAAUGUAUGUCGUCUAAAUUAUAUUUUUUGUGACAAUUGUGACUAGACGAAUAAAAUAAAUGAUAAAAUCAUAAUCUAUUAAUUCAAUUAUUUGUUCAUAAUUAUAAAUAACAUAAUUGUCUAUUGAAGUCAGAUUUUCUACUCAGUUUGUUCACAGAUUUUUCCAGAUGAUAGAAUUUCAUUUCAUCAACUAAUGCUACGAAUUUAAUUAAUAAGUCUAUCAAAUUAUUUUGUACAGUAAGUAAUUUUUUUUGAUUUAAAUUAUUGCUCUUUAUAAUAUUAGAAUUGUAUUAUUUACACAUUACUUACUUAUUGCGUUUGUCGAAAAUAUUCCCAUUUUUUUAUUCCUUUUUUAAUCAUAAUAAGUGCAUUGCCUAAACAUCCAAAACAGUUUCUUGCUUCAUAACUUUGCUGGUUGCACCCAACAUAGCCAUAUAAUAAAGUAGAAUAGUUGGCGACUGUCAACACAUUAUCAAAUUCUAGUUUUUACUGUGAGUUACGUGUCUAUUAAUACUACCUAUUUCCAUAAUUUAAAUUCACAUAUCCAAAUGAAUCAUUGCUAACAAUAUUAAUUAAUUUUAUUUAGCAAGUAAAUUCCAACCAACUACAUCUAUAAUAUUUAUAUUGAUUUUAACUUAUUAACCAAAGAAAAGAUUUAUAUAUCAUUUAAUUAUUUUCUUUAGGUACACAUAUAACUGUCGAAGUAUGGCGGAUAAUAGAAUAGAUUCACCAAAUUCAGCAUUAAAAAUACCUUUGAUAGUUCGACCGCAACCUUCUCAACCUAGGUCACAACCCGAGUCUUUACUUUUGAAUGAUAUCUUAGAAGAAAAAACAUUGGAUUUACGCAAUACGUUAACAGAAUUUUUACUAGUAGAACCAUAUAGUAAAUUUAAUAUUGAAUUUAAUAAAUUUUUAACACAUACAAAACGUAUCAUUCAAGAAAGUCGUCAAACUAGUUCGAAUGUCACACGGUUUAAUGAUUUGUCACAGAUUUCUCAGACUUCUAACAAUCCACCUUCGAGUUUUUAUAGGCCUCAAUCAACUGCAUCGACAAUUAGUUCUAAUAAUAAUAAUACCAGUGCAUUUAAGAUACCAGAAAUGAAUUAUUUGAAGAAAAAAAUUCUACCCACAAAAUUGUCUUACCUUCAACCAAGAAUAAUACUAUCACGAUGUGAUGACAUAGCUCCUAAUUCUAAUAAAACACCAACUUUGUGCAACACUAUUAUUGAAAAAAACCAAAAAGAUUCUAAUACUGGUGAAAAUAAAAAUACAAAUCAACUUGCAUCAACAUCUAAAACAUCUGAUUCUUCCAAAACGUCUGCUGUAUGUAAAACUUUCAAUGAAGAUAAUCAAAACAAUUGUAAAACUAUUCCUAGAAAUAAUAAUGCAAUUCAACUCGGAGUUAAUCAGCCAAAAGUUUCAGAAAAUGUUGAGAAAUACUUGUCUAUGUGGUCUAUACAUGUAACGCCUAAUAAAUUGAAUACAACGUUUCUUGUAAAUAUAACUGGUAAUUGAAUUUAAUUUUGUUAUAAUUUACUUAACAUUGUAAUUUAUUUUAAUUUUUUUUUUUCCAUAGGGAGCUUAUUAAGUGGUGAUCAAGUUACAGUAGCAGAAAAAACCCAUAAUGCUGGAAUAUUAGAAUAUACAAAAGAAAAUAAUUUAAUCAAAACUACAAAUGGUUUGUACAGAUUAAUUGGUAGUAUUAUUGGUGGAUCUCCAAAUGAAUUAUAUAGUGCGUGUGUCGAAAUAAAUGGUAUUCCAACAACAUGGAAAAGUAUUAUAAAAAAAAUGUCAAAGGUUAAUAAAAGUAAAUUAUUAAAUUUGACUUUGAAAUCUCCUGCCGAGCUGAUCAUGAGCACUAAAACUGAAGUUAAUCUUGAUAAGAGUAUAACCAGAAGUGGUAAAGAGUACAAUACAAUGUAUAUAAAUAAUGAGAGUAUAAAAAAUCAUUCUAAUCAAGAUGUUACAGAAAAUAAAAACAAGCGUCGUAAAUUGCACGAACCAACAGGAUCAUUACAUACAUCAACCCCUAAGAAACUCGAAAAUCGACUUAAAAUUGUUGAUAAUACAAGUCAUUUGUUGAAAAGUAAAUUUCAUAAAAAGAUACAAACUAAAACAAAUGAAAUAUUAAAUAAACAAACACGUAUUGAUUCUGUAAAUGACUCAAUCAUUGUAACCAAAAAAAGGCAGUCUAUAAAAAAUAAUAAGUACAAUUACUAGGCCAUUAAUUAUUCUAGUAAUAUUAAAAGGUUUAGUUUUGUGUCUAGUUCAAUGCUUAACAAAUAUAUUUUAUAUAAAAGAAAAAAAAAUGCAAUUUUACUUAAUAUAAUUUUAUAGAUGUGUUUUUUAGAAAUCUAUAUAGCAACUAAAAAUGUAAAUAUGUAUGCUUUUUUAUCUUGUAUAAUUUCUUUUUUUCGCUUAUUUAUUAACAUCUCAAUCAUUGGCAUACCCAGGCUUUUUUAUGGGAGGGGGUUGUUCUAAACUGAUAAAAAUUGAGUAUUUUAAAAAUAUUUUACCAAAUACAUAACUGUUCAGUAUAGUUGAAUAAGUAGUUCAAAUAUGCAAUGAUUAUUAUUUUAUUAAUAAUAAUUCAGCAAUGUUAGUUUAUAAUAUAUUUGUUUGUAUUUGACACUGCCAACAAGGAGGCUAAAGCCCCCUUAACCCUCCCUCCGGGUACGUCAAUGAUCACAAGCAUAUAAUUACACUUAUUUAUCAUAGAAUAGAUUUAUAGAUUCUGUGAUGAUAUAUGUUAAAAUCUAAAAAUAUUGUACAUUUAUAUACUACAAACUAGAUAUAUUUAAUCGGAGCUUUUUGAUACUCACUUACCUCUCAAAUAUUUUUUCUAUUUGCUUAUUAUUGUAGUUCUCCAGUUAUUAUUGGCUGGUAUAAGUCUGUUGUGAAGAUAUGCAUACUAAACAAAGAUAUUAUACUUUGUAAUUAUACUUGACUAUUUUAUUAUACUAUGUAUAUUUUCAACUUAUUUAUGUUUAUUAAUAUAAUUGUAUUUUUACUUUAUUCAUUUAUUAGUAGUAAAAAAAUGUCUUAAGAAAUGGAAAAGGUACUGUCAUAUUAUAUCUUUAUAUUUUUAAAUAAUAUAUAUUAUCAGUACAGUUAAAAAAACUUAAUUAUAGAAUUUGCUUUAAUUAUUUGUUCAAUCUGUUUUUUUAAAUAAUUUGUAUUUAUUUAGCUUAAAUUUCUUAAAGAGUUGUGGCAUUUAUUACUUUAUUUUAUUUCACUAAUGAGUUACAAAAAAAUAAAUACUAUUUAUAUAAUUAAUGUAUUUCUAUAAUAAAACAAUUUUCAGAGUGUAAUACCAUUGUAUUUUAUACCUACUAUUUACUAAUAUUUCUUCGGUGCUGACAAUCAUUUUUUGGUGUGCCACUAUUAUACUUUACACGAUGAAAAAUAUGGACGUGCCUCUUACCUAACCUAACCUAACCUAACCUAUACUCUUUAUUUGCACUAUAAAUUCAUUACAUUUUUAUAAAUAUAUAUUUUCUGAAUUCUUAUUAAGGUAAAAUUUAAAUGUUAAUAUUUUGUGCUUGUAUAUUAAAUGUUUAGAUACAUUUUAUUCAAUAUUUUGAUGAACUGUUAAAGCCAAAUUGUUCAAUAUAAACAAUUAACUAUGUUCAUUUUUUAAAAUUAUGGAUAAUAUAUUUUUAGUCUGGAGACAAGAUUUUCUUUUUUUGUUAUGUUACUAUGGUAAUUAAUCUUAUAAAGGGGAAAGUCGAGAGGGGUAUAGUGAAACUCAUAGAACUUAUAUUAGUAUAAGGUAUAUAGGUGAAACCAGAUGACAGAAUAGACU